GUCAUCACUGCGCGACUUAAACGACAAGGACCUCUAGCUUGAGAGUAAUGCACGUGAGUUUGUUGAGCAGAGGCUCGAUAAAAUGUCAUUUUUCGUCUUCCCUUUAUAGUGACGUUAACAGACGUGUCAUUAAUAAAGUAAAACACAGCAUUAGUUCACGUUGCUGCGUUUAUCCUCCCCUGAAUCCUUCUCUUUCGUCACGGUGUCAACAGAGCAGCUCGGCGAUGGAGCAGGCAGCCGUCGUCCCUGAACCACCGGCGGAGGUAAACAGCGCGCUGUCAGAGGAGAAAACCGCGGAGAAAGAGGCACCAGAGACAGGCAAACGCAAAAGCGACGAGCCGCACGAAGCCGAGGGAAAGGAGCGACGGAAGCGGCGGAGAGGAGGCGGCGGGAAGAACCUCCGUCGGGGCGAGAGAUACAUCCCCCCUCCGCAGAAGCGGAACCCGGGGGUCAGCUUCAGCCAGGAGCACUUCGACGAGACCUCCUACUACUUUGAAGGAGGCCUGCGAAAAGUGUGCCCGUACUUCUUUGACUUCAAGACUUACUGCAAAGGUCGGUGGAUCGGGAAAACCCUCCUGGAGGUGUUCAAGAGUGAAUUCAGAACCGAGUCUAUAGAGUACUACGAGAAGGCCGUCAAGGAGGGUCGCAUCCGGCUGAACGAGACACCUGUGGAGGACCUGUCUGUGGUGCUCAGGAAUAAUGAUCUCAUGAAGAACACCGUGCACCGCCAUGAGCCCCCUGUAGUCUGCACUCCCCUGGAGAUUCUUGCGGACGACGGUGAGGUGCUUGUGGUUAACAAGCCCGCCUCUAUCCCCGUCCACCCUUGUGGCCGCUUCCGCCACAACACAGUGAUUUUCAUCCUGGGGAAAGAGCGGGGCGUCUCUGAGCUGCACACUGUCCACAGACUGGACAGGCUGACAUCUGGAGUGCUGCUUUUUGCAAGGACACUGGAGACCUCAAAGAAACUGGACCAGUUGGUGCGAGACAGACAGCUGGAAAAGGAGUACGUAUGCAGAGUAGAAGGGGAGUUUCCAGAGGGGGAGCUGAUCUGCGAGGAGCCCAUUCUGGUUGUUUCCUUUAAAAUUGGCCUCUGCAGGGUUGACCCGAAAGGAAAGGAGUGCAGAACCGUCUUCCAGAGGCGUAGCUUUAAUGGAAAAACCAGCGUGGUCCACUGUCUGCCCCUGACUGGCCGCACACACCAGAUCAGGGUCCACCUCCAGUACUUGGGCUUUCCCAUCAUUAAUGAUCCCAUCUAUGGGUCCUCAGCCUGGGGUCCUCAGAGGGGGAAGGGGGGCCUGGUAGAAAAGAGUAACGAGGAGCUGCUGCAGGCUCUGGUAGAGGAGCAUCGCUCUCAGGAAAGCCUUCACAUGCUGGAUAUUCCCGAUGAUGUGAUCGUGAUUGGAAAAGAGUUAGAGGAAGUGAAGACGUCUGGGAAAGCAGAUGAAUUGGAAGGCACCUCUGAACCUAACACAAGCAAAGAAAUUAAUCAUACACAGACUGAUACACAGGUGCCAACAAGCAGUGAAAUGGGGAAUCUGGGCUGCACAGAUAUAAACCCUAAGAGUACCCCACUUACAUCCCCAACCAACUCAAACGGAAGUCAAACAGAAGCGACUGACUCGACUCCCAAAACUCCUUUAGGGACCAGAGACCACCUGUGCAGUGAAUGUAAGCUGGUACGACUGGAUCCUACGGAGAAGGAACUCGUCAUGUAUCUCCACGCUUUACGCUACAAAGGACCUGAUUUUGAUUAUUCCACGAGCUUACCUGACUGGGCUAAAGAAGACUGGGUGGAAGCUGAUUAGAGCCCACUUGAGUUGACCUUAUGAUAUGUUUUGCAGACGUUUAAAAGCCUGAGCAGAAAUCAUUCAAGAGGUUUUGUUUUUAGCAUUUGCUAAGUAGCAUACUGUUUGAAUUUCUUUAGCUCCAAGCUUUAUGCCUUAAACAAAAAAUGGAAAACAGAAUUGUUUAAUUAAAAUUUUACUUGGGGAACUGUUUUAA